AUGGCCGACAACAAUCAUACUAAGGCUUCCUCGUCCGAUCCUCCUCCUUCAUCAUCAUCAUCAUCCGACCAUGAUGAUGAACCCUCCUUGCUUCGCUGUUGGGUUCCUCUUACGACUCGACUGUUGUCGGGUCCCACGGCGGAUUCGUCCAGUUGGUAUGUGAUGGAUCAUGUCAUGCCAUUGCCGCAAUUUGUAGAAUCCUUGCGACGCGAAUUACUGGAGGGAAAUCUUCUCCAGGAAAUGACGGCGGCUGUCACACACGGAGAACGACAAACGUUGGACGUCAUGUCCUUGGUGAUGCCACAACAACAAUCCAAUACUGAUCUCAUCAUGCCUACGAUGGUCCGAGGAGACAAGAGUACAUUUGUCCGUCGUGCCAUUCGACAGCAACCGAAUUUUGCCACGGAAUUUCCACAUCUCCACAGUCUCAUUCACUCUUUUGAAACCACGGCACGUCACUAUUUGAGUGAUUGUAUGGAGUUGGAUGGGAACCUGACGUCCGUUCAAAUUGCCGAAUUUCCAGGCGAUCGAGUCAGUGGUUAUCCACUGCAUUGCGAUCGCCGUGCCAAUCAGUGUCGUCAGGAAGAUACAACUACAACAACAUCUACUAGCGAACGACUCUUGACCGGUGUCUAUUACUUGACGCCCGAAGAUUGGGAUGUGAAACACGAUGGAGGAUGUUUGCGACUCUUUUUGGAUGCUGGCGACACUGGCAGUUUUGUGGAUGUGUGUCCCUAUUCCAAUCGCAUGAUUUGCUUUCGAGCCGAUGGCGUGGAACAUGAAGUCAGACCCAGUCUACGGCGUCCACGAUUGGCACUCACCAUUUGGUUGUAUGGAACAAUCAAAAUAAUCAAACAGCAACAGCAGCAGCAGCAACAAAAGAAGAUGAUGAUCCCGUUGGAGAAUGAUGGGAAAGCCAGCAAUGGGGAGACAAACGGAAAGAGUCACAGCAACCAACAACCAUCCGCUGUGGGCCCACCACCUCUUGUUUUGUCAGACACAACCCACAAUUUACAUUCUUCUAAAACAAUCUUUGUGUCCAUUGCCGCCUAUCGCGACUCGGAAACGGGUCCUACCAUUCGACAUUUGAAAGCCACGGCCACGCAUCCUCAACGGGUCUUUGUCGGGUUGGUUCUACAAGUGGACACGCAACAAGACCAAUCCAUUCUCAAUGAUCUCAACAGCAUGAAGAAGGACGACGAUUGGUAUUCAUCACAUGUCCGGUGUCUCCAACUCGAAGCACGAGAUGCCACCGGACCGUGCUAUGCCAGAGCACUGGCGCAAUCCUUGUGGCGGGGAGAAGACUAUGUCCUCCAGAUUGAUUCGCACAUGCGCUUUCGCAAACAUUGGGAUUCCUAUCUGAUUCAGGAAUUGGAGCAACUCAUUCAUCAAGACGAAAAUAACGACAAGGUCCUCUUGACCGCCUAUCCCGUAGGAUAUCACUUGCCCCAUCAAAUUCCCAACGAGACACGGGGGACCGUCUUGGUACCGUGGAAAUUUGACGACCAGGGUCUGUUGCGACAACGCGGGCGUCUCUUUACAUUGGCAGAAGUAACAAAACCCAUUCGCUGUCGCCUCUAUGCGGCGGGCUUUAAUUUUGGACGAUCCAGCGUGAUUCAGGAUUGCCCGUACGAUCCACAGUUGCAUCAUUUGUUUUUUGGAGAAGAACUCAGCAUGGCCGUGCGCCUCUAUACGCAUGGAUAUGAUUUGUAUGCACCUGUCCAAAGUGUGUGUUACCACUUGUGGAGUAGGGCACAUCGGCCUACUGCUACAACGCAACGGACCACAACACCGUGGCAGCAAAAACGCAAGCAAGCAUCACUGCAAGCGGUGCGGCAGCAAUUGACGGAUACAACAUCAUUGGACAGUCGCUACUUGGGAUUGGGAUCAGUGCGGACGGCGCAACAGUUCGCCACGGAAUUGGGAGUCGACUUUGACGAGUGCAAAAUUGUCGACCAGAAUGCUCCGGGGUUCUUGCCAGAGGUGAAGUUCGUUGCAGACGAUUCGACAGUUGUUUCGCCCGAGAGUUUUUUGCAGGGCAAGAUUCUUCAAGGUUUGGACUCGAAAAGCAAAACACUGAUUGCUUCCUUUUUGCAAGGAAUGUCGCCACGAGGAACGCACGAGCAAUAG